ACUGACGUAGCGAAAACUGUUACAUCGUUGACUGUUCGAGCCGUCGGAAUGGGUCACUUAAACUGUGAUAUUUUGUUACGUUUUUUAUCAACCUUUUCGUUCAUUUUAUUGGGUAUAUUCGGACUCUCUGCCGGGACGGAACUGAGCUCUGUUACAUGCGGUUCAGUCAUUAAACUUUUGAAUAUAAAGCACAAUGUCAGGCUGCACUCUCACGAUGUUCGCUACGGAUCCGGUAGUGGACAGCAGUCUGUAACAGGCGUUUCUGUAGUGGAGGACAGUAACAGCUACUGGAGUGUCCGUGGGACGAGUGACACCUGGUGUCACCGUGGGACCCCAGUGAAGUGUGGGCAGAUGAUUCGCCUCACUCAUGUCAACACAGGACGUAAUCUGCACAGCCAUUACUUCACCUCUCCGCUCUCCUCUAACCAGGAGGUGAGUGCAUUUGGCGAGGAAGGAGAAGGAGACCACCUCGAUGAGUGGGCAGUUCAGUGUGGGGGGGCUGUGUGGAAGCGGGAAGAGGCUGUGCGUUUUCGUCACAAAGCCACGGACGGCCUGUUGUCAGUGACAGGGGAGCAGUACGGACGGCCGAUCCACGGUCAGACGGAAGUUCACGCCAUGUCGAGUCCCACUCAGCACAGCCUGUGGAAGGCCAUGGAGGGCAUCUUCAUAAAGCCCAGUGAGCUCCCCGCAGGCAGCAGAGACUACAGUCACACACACACAGAGUUCUGAACUUCACUUCUCUUUCUCUGUUUCUGUCUCUUUGUGUUCUCUUGUUUUUUGUCUUAAUAUAUUGGUGAGAAUCCACCUUCCUGACCAUAAUAACAACAUGGAAAUGUAGAUCGUAAAAAGACACCGAGAAGGUAAAAAUAAAAUGUUUGAACAGAUUCAAAAUUAAACAGAGGUGUUAAAAUCUUUAUUUCACUUUAUGAUAUUUAAAGUCUUACAGGAGGGGCACUUACGGCCCUUAUGCAUUGAAAGACCCAGCCUGGACUAGCUUGACCCGAGUGUUGACAUUGGGCAGUCUGGUCCAGUUCUAGCUCAAGUUUUUGAACCCAGACACCUGGGGUUCCGUUGGGCCGGGCUGGUGCUUGCUGCUGGCUGGUUGUGUGAUGGAGAGAGCUUUUUAGAAAAAAAUGGCAACAGAUACAAACAACGAGGGUGCAGUUCUUGCUGAGCUGAGAUUUGUGCGGUCUUGCUAUGAUGAUUUCGCCCACAUCGAGGCAGCACUCUGCUGAAACCAAACCAGA